AUGGACUACUCCCCGAAAAGGUUGAUUGUGUGCUGUGAUGGCACAUGGAUGGACUCCGAAACCGGCUAUGUCAAGCCGAGGUUCUGGAAGCCAAAAGGCCAGCUCCAGAUCCCCUCAAAUGUGACACGCAUCUCGAGAUGUUUUCGCCGGAAGUGCACCGACGGUCGUGUGCAGGUCAUCGAGUACGAGUCGGGUGUUGGGACGGGGAGCAACACUCUUGAUGCCCUGACUGGAGGCGCCUUCGGGCUCGGUUUGUCUGAGCGAGUCCGCCAGGUCUACAGUUUCCUGUGCGCAAACUACUGCGAUGGCGACGAGAUAAUACUCAUCGGCUUCUCGCGCGGCGCGUACACAGUCCGCUCCGUAGCUGGCAUGAUCGCCGAUUUAGGUCUUCUCACCCGCGAGGGUGUGGAGCACUUCUACCCAAUUUUUAAGGACAUGGAGAACUGGAUGAAUGACGAAUAUAUCGACGAGUUUCCUAGUAUGCCGUUUGAUAACAAGCCCAAAGGCGUCGAUGCUGCCUACGAAUACAAGGCGAGGUUGGAGAAGCUUGGUAUGACCCGCGUUCGACAGAAUGAAGGCCAUGGAGACAUCAUCAAGGUUAAGGCCGUCGCUGUAUGGGAUACCGUUGGUAGCCUCGGCAUCCCUCAAAUAGCCUGGCUGAACAAGCUCGGCAUCUACGCAUCGAACGAGGAGUACAGAUUCUGGGACACCAGCCUAUCGGACCGCGUAGAGCACGCCUUCCAGGCUCUCGCGCUCGAUGAAACCCGCUAUUCCUUCCAGCCUGCCGUCUGGGAACGCUUGGAUGCAAACCGUUUGUCGACAGAUCUCCGACAGGUGUGGUUUCCUGGAAACCACUCCAACUGCGGUGGCGGCUGGAAUGAUCAGGGCAUGGCCAAUAUUACUCUUGCUUGGAUGAUGGACCAGCUGGCAUCGAUCGGCGUAGAGUUUAACCACCUCGCACUCGAACGCUGCGUGAAUCAAUCAAAAUCAUUCUACCGCUCACAACAGAAAAUCAACAAGGAGAAGAAGUGGGCUCUCGAGCCCAUUUUCAGUCAGAAUCAUCCACUUCGGCCAUGGGGCUUGGGUUCCAUUCAGAAGACGUCGAACAUUCUAUACUCUCUGGCCGGGAAGAUUACACGCACUCCGGGUCUCUACAAACAAGUCAACCCGAAGACUGAGGUUGGCGAGGGGCCUUUCCUCAAAGACACAAACGAGCGUAUUCACUCCUCCGUCCGCAUCCGUCUGGCCUGCAAAGGCCUCGACCUCAAUGAUGUCGGUGUAUGGAAGAACCCCGCUCUCAAGAAGAACUGGAGGCUCGUCCGCACCAAGACGGCUUACCACGACCCCGUUCCGCACCACCCGCAUUGGGAACCGGAGGACGACAGAAAGAAUUGUAUUCAGCAUCCAGCUGAAUCUGAGGACGGCCGGUGGGUUUGGGAGUACUGCGGCCCCAAGAGGCAUGCGCCUACCAGUCCUCAAGCGAGAAUUAUGGUCGAGGAGCCGCUGGGACCGUACGAAAGACACUUGUUGAAGUUGACGGGUGGUAGUCCCAGCGUGUACGAAUGGGCCCACAAGAAUGCCUUCUAG